AUGCCACCUGUCUGCGCUGGUCCCGGUGGAGGAGGUGGCUGUGGUCCCGCAAUGCCCGUAGCUCCAUACGAGACGGUCGAAGAUGAAACGGUUUUUCCGUGCUCGCCAAUGACAAACGCGCCUUGCGGGCCCUCAGCACUUUGCACGCCAUUUGGCACCUCUUUGGAUCAGAACCUUCAACAAAUAGCCAUUAUCAAGCCUAAAGCGUGUCGAAGUCGUGAAUUACGUUGUGGAAUUAUGUACACUACCUGCGAUUGUAUCAAGAGAAAUGGCUUACAAGACAGAUGCCCACGAUCACUUUGCCAGGGUCGAGCUGCUUGUAUGAGCUUCCCCGUUCCGAAUUGCUGUCCAGCGUCGUUUCCCCUGCGCUACGCCAACAAGACGAUGGGUGAAAACAAUAGACGAAUGCGUUGCAAGGAAACCGCUGCGCUAUGUGCGCAAGCCUGCGGCGGCUGUUGUCCACCAUGUGGCCCCUGUGAACCCUGUGGCCCCUGUGGACCUUGUGGUCCGUCAUGUUCUCCGUGUUGUGAUACUGCUUGUUGUGGCCCAUCGAAUCCACCAUGUGGAGCACCGGCACCAAUACCAUGUCCACCGGCACCUGGCUAUUGUCCACCAAUCGUGGAAGCUGGCGUCCCAAAUCCAUGUGUGUGGAAUUGUAAUAAUACGCCGCCUACAUAUCCAUGUAAGUAUAAAAAGUUGAUGGGUUAAAAGAAACUAUGUGCACACUAACGACUAAGUGGGAUCGGUAGGAGCUCAGAGGA